AUGUCAUUAGAACUAUGGCUUUUAUCUCUGAUAUCCAUCAUAACAACCUUAGUCAUAGUAACAUUCAUACUCCUGAUUGUAAUGUACCUUACCACAGAUCCAUAUCCGAACCUAUCCAGAAGCAGUACAGAAGAAUGUUUUUAUGAUCCGGAUAAAUCUGAAUAUAUUAAGUUAAAAUUUGGGCUUACUGAAAGACCAGAAAAAGAAUUAUCGGUAAUAAUUCCAGCUUACAACGAAGUUGAACGCCUUCCCGCAAUGUUGACUGAAACAUUAGAUUACCUUCAUAAACGAAAAGAUUCAAAUAAAAAGUUCACAUUUGAAAUAAUUAUCGUGAAUGAUGGUAGUAAAGAUCAUACAUUAGAAAUUGCUCACAAAUAUUGCAAACUCGAGGGUUCAGAUACACUUCGUGUAAUAUCUUUAGAUCGGAAUCGUGGAAAAGGUGCUGCAGUCAGAAUAGGAAUGCUUUCUGCACGUGGUCGGAUACUUCUGUUCGUAGAUGCAGAUGGUGCGACUCAGUUUUCCGAUAUUGAAAAACUGGAGGAAGCUUUAGCAUCAUCUGUUGCUAAUAGAUGGAAUGGUGGCAUGGCGGUGAUAUGUGGUUCUAGAGCACAUUUAGAAGAACAGGCACUCGCUAAACGUCAUCCAUUAAGAAAUCUGCUCAUGUAUGGAUUUAAGCUAUUUGUUUGGCUUGUAUGUGUUCGUGGAGUUCGUGAUACACAAUGUGGAUUUAAAUUGUUUAGUCGACCUGCUGCUCGUUUGUUAUUUCAUAAUUUGCAUGUUGAUCGCUGGGCUUUUGAUGUAGACUUGUUAUAUUUAGCUCGGCAUUUCGAUAUGAAUAUUGUUGAAAUACCUGUGCAUUGGCAGGAAAUUCCAGGUUCGAAACUGGUCCCAAUUUUCUCAUGGAUUCAAAUGGCAAAAGAUUUGCUUAUGAUUCGUUUGCGAUAUUCAUUAGGGGCAUGGAAAAUUGAUCCAGUUUACACUUGA